ACAAUUUAAUGAACAACAUAUUUAAGGCUCUACCCGUGGCGCAUGGAGAUGAGCUGUUUGACCAUUGUUGUCAUUUUUGACACCAGCAGCAAUUAAAUAUUUUAUAGAGUGUAUGUGUCGCAUUUAUGUAGUAAUAUAUCAAACCUUUCGACAAAAUAUGGGGGGGGGAAACACGUUAGCUAAACAGCUGUAGCGCUGCCUGGAAGCGGAAGUAGUGCGUGCGCGCUCUCUGGCUCCGCGAGAACCCGAGCAGACGGGAAGUCGAAAGACGGAAGAAAGGACGCCGAAGCUAAACUUGCCAACUUGUAGCCGACGGCCGAUGAUUGUACACAAUGUUACAAAGGAAGUUGUGACUUAUUUCGACCAUCGAAUUAGUGCGCCAAACCAUAGCCGCCCCCACCAUCAUUUCUCCACACGACGCGGUGACUCCGCCAGUUUGCAAACAGGCACUUCGCCUUGCUUCAACUCGGCCACAAAGUCACUUUUUUUUUUUUUUUUUUUUUUUUUGGGGGGGUUAGUGGGGUAUUUUCAAACGACUUCCAAGUGCACUGAAACAAUACCAGCACACUACUUGGCUUCCUCGCUCAAAGUUUCUCCUUGUGGGGGGGGCAAGUUGGCUCCCGAGGCCUAGGCGAGCGAGGAGGGUUACAAGUGUGAAGACCGCGGCCGACAAGGCACUCACUCGGCGCUCCAAACAUGUCGGCCCAGGCUCAGAUGCGAGCGAUGCUGGACCAGCUCAUGGGGACGGGGAGAGACGGAGACACUAUGAGACAAAGAAUCAAAUUCUCAGAUGACCGGGUGUGCAAAAGUCACCUUUUGGAUUCCUGUCCUCAUGACAUUCUGUCAGGCACUAGAAUGGACCUGGGGGAGUGCGUGAAAGUCCAUGACCUGGCCCUCAGAGCAGACUUCGAGAUUGCCUCCAAGGACCAGGAAUACUUCUUUGAGCUUGACGCUGCUGAGCACCUUCAGUCUUUUAUCGCCGACUGUGACCGCCGGACCGAACUGGCCAAGAAGAGAUUAGCAGAGACUCAAGACGAGAUCAGUGCUGAAGUAACCGCAAAGGCCGAACGUGUCCACGAGUUGAACGAGGAGAUCGGGAAGCUGCUUGCCAGCGCCGAGCAGCUCGGAGGCGAGGGCAACGUAGACGAGGCCCAACAGUUGCUCGAAAAGGUGGAGAAGACCCGCAUCUUGAAGAAAGAAGCAGAGGAUAUUUACAGAAACUCAAUGCCAGCCUCCAGUUUUCAGCAGCAAAAACUGCGCGUAUGUGAAGUGUGCUCCGCCUACUUGGGCCUCCAUGACAACGAUCGGCGUCUUGCUGACCACUUUGGGGGAAAACUUCACCUGGGCUUCAUUGAAAUCCGCGAGAAACUUGAAAAGCUCAGGAAAGCAGUUGUGGAGAAACAAGAAAAAAUGCGAACAAAACGCAGAGAGGAACGGGAACGAGACGACGAGCGGGAUAGGCAGUGGGAUGUUGAUCGGGAACGCGAAAGGGAGAGAGAGAAGGAGAGAGAGAAGGAGCGAGAGUGGGAGCGAGAACGAGAGCGGGAGCGAAGGAGGUCGCGAUCCAGAAGCGGAGACCGAUACAGGGAUGGCGGGGGCAGUUCGUCCUCCCACCGGUCAAGACGCCACCGCUCCUCUCGUUCUAGAGAGGAGGGCGGGGACCGCGAUCGGGAGCGAGAGAGGAGGCAUCGACACAAGGACAGACACCGCUCUCACUCGCACUCUCACAGGCACAAGAGAAAAAGGUCCUCCGGAGAAAGAUCGUCGCACACCUGCGACGUAGAGCCUUCACUCCCUCAGGAGCGCAGUCAGGAGGAAUGGCGUGACAACAGGGCGGAGUACAAAGACUGGGAGGACCGGGAGAGGUCCACCUCCCCAGACAUGGCGAGGGAGCGGGAGCGGGAGAGAUCCCUGUCUUUAGAGAGGGACCGACAUUCCAGCUCCGAGGAGCGGGAGUCGGGAGAGAUUUAACGAGGACAAAGGAGCAGGACGGGGCACGUCUCUUGGUGUCAAUCCAUUGUUUUGUUCAAGGAUAAUGGAGACAUGAGUUCAUAUUCAAAGUGGCAUUUGUACAUUAGAAGUGUGGAAAGUUAAUAUGGGAAUGUUGGGAUGUUCUCAAGUUAACAGACAGCAACUUUCAUGCGACAUUCAAAUAAGAGUGGCGUACAUUGAAGUACAUUUUAUUUCUCUACGCCAGCAGUUAUUUUGACGUUGCGAGGACGUCUGUUUUAACUUUGCACCAAACAAGUGCUGAUUUUGUUAUUAGUUCAACAAUCAUUGUCUCUUUUUCCAUUAGAACUAUUAAGUUUCAGUAGGUGUGGCUUACAGGGUUUGGAAAUAUUAAUGAUGCAUAACCACUACAGUACGUUUUGAUCGAGACCAACAGAAGGCACUUCUAUUUGUCCUUUUGUUUACCGCCUUCAAGCCAUUUUGAAAAUUUGGUUCUGGCAUUGAAUUGGCCUUUAAUUUCAGAUACAAAAUGCUUUGAAAUUCAACUUAGCGAGUCAUCAAACUGCCAUUCUCCGUAUCUGAAGUGACAUGAUAUGCAUGUUUACAUCCUAACAUGAGGCAGAGAGGCGUGCUAUGACUGCAGGGGGGGGGGGGGGCUUCUACUUUGCUGUGCUGCCAAAAAAGUGUAAUAAACUUUCUGCUUGAUAUGCAAUGUUGUUACAUAGACAUCUUUUUGCUGCC